AGAAGCAGAAUUGAAGAAGGUCAAAGACCAACAGAUGACAGUGACACAGAGAGUGGGGAAUGUACACCAGCAGAGUGCAGGAGGAAGCACAACGAUGAGGACACGUCACGAGAUGGGGAACACGUGGAACCUGCAGGUGUUGCCACGGACAACCCUCAAGGAACAACUGAAGGAGCAGGCACAGAGGAUGCAGAAAACAGGGAUGUUGAUGAAGAGAGUGAUGGACUUAGUGAUGGCACAGACGAGGAAGAAGGGGAUGGGAUACAGGACAUAUUACAACUUGGAGCAGGUGCUGUAGCAGUCAAAUUCCAGACUGUUCAUCAACAGUCAUAUCAGCUUGUAGGUAAAGUCACACAGUACAACCUUAUACAAGUACAGCAGCAGUUUGGAGAUGUGACAGUGAAGGGAGGCAAGAAUCUGAACAUUGGCGGGACUCAGAAUGUUGGUACAACUCCGACCAACAAAGAGGAAGAGGAGAUACCACUGACUGCAGCACAGAAGAUCAGGAAAAGGACGGCAUCCAGGAUAGAGUCAUGGACGAAAGACAUGGUGGAGACACACGUCCUCAGUAAAGUAAAAGAGAAGCUGGACAGAGGAGCGACAUGGGUGACAAUUAAAGGAAGACCAGGAGAGGGGAAGUCCACAAUAGCCUACAUGGCUCUCAGAGAUCUACACAGUCAGGGGAGACAGGUAUACCAAGUGGUGUCACCAGAAGAGUUCAAUGAGGUCCUAAAGGCCUGUCCUAAUCCUGUCAUUAUGUUAGAUGACAUAUUUGGUGAUCUAGAAUUCGACACUGCAGAAUGGGCCAAGUGGAGACCAAGUCUCAGACCUAUUUUGGAUGUUAAACACCCUGACACAUAUGAUGAAGAUGAUGUUUUAGACAUUUCUACCAAAACUGAAAAGGUAUCAGAGAGUACAAAAGUUGAUCAAACACAGGUGAAACGAACAAGUCCAAACAAAGACAAAUUAGUCAUUAUUCUCAUAGGCCGUGACUAUGUGCUGAAAUCCUCACUGGCAGAUUUGGGAAGGCUGGCAGAUUACAUUUCCAGUCCCAUAUACGUGGUGGAAGUUUCCUCACGGAGAGCGUCUUAUGAGCGGAGGAAGAUAUGGCGUGUUCACGCUGAAACCAAAAACAUAGACAUCGAAGAGUCAACUGUGUCUCGGAUAUGUGAAGCAGACUGUCCACACGGCUUCCCCCAUGUCUGUAAAAUGUUUGUCGCAGCAUAUGAAAAGGAUUGGACUCUCAAUCAAAUGCAAAUGUUUUUUCAAGCGCCACUGACUUUCCUCAAAGAGACUUUGGAUAAAUUUCUUAAAGACAAGAUCAAGCGUUCACUGUUCAUGGCUAUGAUGAACAGAGAUGGGAAGAUUAGUGGACAAGAAAUGGAGGCGGAUGAUCGCCUCGGUUAUGAAGGUAGAGAAGCUGCUGAUGAUUUGGUUGGAUCUUACCUCAAGACGGAAGAGGACACCUACAUGUUUGAUCAUCCGUCUAUAUAUGACAGCGUUUCCUUUAUUCUCAGUACAAAACAGCCAAAGUUUGUCAUCGAAAUUUGUAGUUUGUCCUUCAUUAAUCAGCGACUUCGUCUUGCACCCUCCACAGAAAGAAAGAAAAAGAUUGCAAACAUCCCAUGGACUUAUGCUAUACAUUUAUCCAGAAGAUUUGCAACUGAAAUUAAACAGAGGAAUCUGUUACAUGUUUUAUCACACCAGGCAUUUUGUAAUGCAGAUUUUGUCCUCUUGUUAAUGGACUACCUGAAGACCCAGUUUCACAUGCGUGUAUCUGAUAUUGUGAAACUAACUGAUAACUCAUCCAACAAGUCAUUUUGUGAAUUACUUUCCAGCAACAAGUCACAUCAUCUCAUCAAAUAUAUCAUGGAGACAGAAAAUAUCUCAUUCACCCAGAGUGAAGGUAGAGACAUUUUACUGGGUGUGUGUAUGAAUGCUGCAUGCGAUAUACUGAAAUACAUCAGUGGACAUAUGAAACUUGAGGUAAAUGCUACAUACAGUCUGGAGAAAAAGACGCCGCUUAUGUUGGCAGAGACCAGGGACAGUGACUUCGUCAAUCAGAUUUUGUCUCUUUAUCCUGACCUAAAUGCAAGAGACAACAGGGGUAAAACUGUGUUGUGUUAUCUUUGUGAACGCGGCCUUACAUCAGCUGUGGAGCGUGCGAUUAACAUGGGAGUGGAAGUUAAUCAGCAACAUCGGUCAUUUCGGGAACACCCUCUGUAUCUUGCCGUACAGAAAAGGCCACUUUGA